AUGGCUGACAUCGUCCCAACCUUCAGACUAGACAACGAACUCACAGUCGUCACCGGCGCUUCCGGUGGUCUGUCCAACGCCAUCAUCAAGGGCCUUCUGGCCUACGGCUCCGAAUUGGCUCUGCUCGAUAUGAACCUGGAGAGAACAAAGGAAACACAAGAAGAGCUCUUCAAAUUUUGCGUUGAGGAACUCAAAAUCAAAGAGGACCUCGUGCCAACGAUGCGCUCGUACGUCUGCGACAUCAGCGACGCCGAGCACGUGAACGAGGUGUUUGCUCAAAUCUACGCCGAUUUCGGAAAGUACCCGCUACAUCUCGUCAACACCGCUGGGUAUUGCGAGAACUUCCCUGCAGAGCAAUACCCAGCUAAGAACGCCGAAAAGCUUGUCAAGGUCAACCUUCUGGGCGCUUUGUACGUUGCACAGGCAUUCGCCAAGCCACUCAUCGACAACAACAUCAAGGGCGGCUCUAUCGUGAUGAUCGGAUCCAUGUCCGGUGAAAUCGUCAACGACCCACAACCGCAAGUCGCCUACAACAUGUCCAAGGCCGGCGUCAUUCACAUGGUUAAAUCCCUCGCCGCCGAAUGGGCCAAAUACAGCAUCAGAGUCAACACUUUGUCGCCAGGAUACAUCCUUACACCGCUCACGAAGAACGUUAUUAACGGUAAUAACGAAAUGUACCAGAGGUGGCUGUCGCUGACCCCAAUGGGCCGUCUCUCGGAAGCUAAGGAAUUCACGGGUACGGUGCUGUACUUGCUAUCCAACUCCGCCUCUUCAUACACCACGGGCGCAAACAUCACUGUUGACGGUGGGUUCACUUGCUGGUAA